GCGAGCUCGCUUCCUGAAAAUGGCCAGCUGGGGAAAGGUCGCAGCUGUUUUGAGGAGCGCUUUGAGGAGCCCCCGGGCUCUGAGAGGUUUAGCUCUGCACCGGGCUGUCGGUGCCGGUGUUGUGGGCUCUGUAAUAGGAACCGGGGUUUUCUGUUAUUCCCAGUAUCAUGCAAACAACAGGACUCUGCCUUUCGCUGUCCACGCUCAGGAACAGAAGGAAGCCGCAGCUCCUCAGCUGUCCGCCAGGAAGAUCCGUUUCAACAGGUUCGCCUCCGUGGUCUACGAACAGGAGCCCUACAUGACCCCCAGAGACUUCCUGUUCUCCGUCAUGCUGGAGAACGUGGACCGAAAGCUGCAGAAGCUUGUUCUAACAAAACAGGAAGUGAAUAAGAUGUUGGCCGCUGCCUCCAAAGCCAAGCCUGGUAACGAUCUGUUCAGAAACCUAGGAGACAAUGGGCUGAUAUCCUACACAGAAUACCUGUUCCUGCUGACUAUCCUCACCAAGCCGCGCACAGGAUUUCAUAUAGCUUUCAAAAUGCUUGAUGUUGACGGCAAUGAGCAUGUGGACCGAAAGGAGUUUCUCAAGCUCAAGAAAAUCAUUGGGAAAAGUAAAAAGAGAGCUGCUAAGGACGUCACAGAGAAACCAGCAGAGGAAGGGGAAGGUGUGAACACGACACUUCAGGCCUACUUCUUCGGGAGGAAAGGAGAAAACAAGCUGCAGUAUCAGGAGUUCCGCAGGUUCAUGGAGGACCUGCAGGCUGAAGUCCAGGAGAUGGAGUUCCUGCAGUUCUCCAAAGGCAUGGACACCAUGCGAAGAGAAGACUUUGCUGAAUGGCUGCUACACUACACCAACGAAGAAGACAACGAAGUCUACUGGGAUAACAUGAGGAAGAAGAUCCCAGCGGGCCAGAGUAUUACGUUUGAUGAGUUCAAAGUCUUCUGCCUGUUCACCAACAACCUGGAGGAUUUUGCCUUUUCAAUGAAAAUGGUCACUGAAGCCAACCGUCCAGUUGGAAUGGCCCAGUUUAAGCGAGCAGUGAAGAUCGCCACAGGCCACGAGCUGUCUGACAACGUGCUGGACACCGUAUUUAAACUCUUUGAUAUGGAUGGAGACAACUGUCUGAGCCAUAAGGAGUUCAUUGGUGUGAUGAAAGACAGAGUGCUGCGAGGACUGAAGGUGCAGCCUCAGAACGGCUUCUCUGGCUUCUGGAAGUGUGUGAAGCAGGAGACUCUGAAGGGAGCUCAGGAGGCCCUGGGAGACACUGGCUGUCCCAUCUGAACCACCAGGAGGACGAUCGCUCAUACCACUUCUCAUCUUGGUAUCUUCUAAUCAUAUAAGUGGUGUGAAUGAGAUUAUUAACGUAACCACAUGUAAAGAAGCUAAAGGAUUUGCCACUAUCUUAUGUAUGAAUAAUUAUGUGUUUACAAAGCAACAAAUCUGUCGUCUGAUAUUGGCUUAUUUAGCUCACUGUGGGUCUGGCUGUGGUGUUUACAGUAAUUUUCCUAAGUCAUUAAUGUUAUAUUCAGAGUGGUUGUGACUUUCAAAUUAAUUUUGCACUUUACACUCAAGGGCAGUGUGUUUACAGGUUAACUGUGGUUCAAGGCAUAUGUGCUAAUUCUGCUCAUAUUGACACUUUUACGAGGGCUUUUCUAACACCUGGUGUGGGUUUUUCGUGUUUUUACUUUUCUAAAUAUUUAUCAAAUAAAGUUUUAUUUAGAAAAUGCCA